CCAAGCGUGUCGUAUCACAGGACACCACUAGGUGGCAGCAGCGGCCCCUCUGGCGAGCCCAGCAAGUGCUUCAGCACAGAAGUCAAAUCAGAGCAAAUAAUUAAGUGUGUCUGGAGCUACCUGCUGCCUUGGCCACUCAAAAUAAGGCAGUGAGCAGGGGGAGGAGCGAGGACAGGUAGGGCAGGUGGCUCCUUUCCUGGCUUGACAGUGUGGGCAGGAUCCCCUCCUUGCAGAAGGCUCUCCGUGACACACAGGAUAAGGCUGCAGUGCCUUUUAGAUCUUCACUGCCAAGGCGGAGGCAGCAGGCAGUGAAGGGCACGGGAGAGCUUCCCCUUCUAGGCUGCUCACGGAGUCCUGAAGGGAUGGGGGUCCUCCAGGUAGCUCCCCGGGCUGCCACGCAUCUACUGGAGGACUGCUUGUGAGCCAGAACUCGGCUGCCUGAACAGGGAUGAUUCCAAGAGGACCAGAAGGCAUCCACAAGCAGGCUACUCUGGGAAUGCUGCAGGGAGGCGUGGAUGUCACCUUGGACCAGGUGGAUGUGGCCGGUAUCUAGGCGGCCUCCUGACCGCAGGGCUGAGGCACCAACUGCACUCAGGUGUGCAGCGGGAUCCACGGGCAUGGCUGUUGAAAGGCUCCUGCCUCUGCGCCCUGGGAGCUGCCUGCUGAUGCUGGUGGCCUUGGCCAGUUCUGAAGCAGCUUCAGACCUGAACGAAUCUGCAAAUUCUACUGCCCAAGAUGCACUGCACGCCCGGCUCACUGCUUCCAGCACAGAGGCGGAGGGAAGGAUUUCUGUGUUCGGGCUGGACUAUGAUUACGUGCAAGUUCCAUAUGAGGUCACCCUCUGGAUACUUCUAGCCUCUCUUGCAAAAAUAGGCUUCCAUCUCUACCGCCGGCUGCCGCACCUCAUGCCUGAGAGCUGCCUGCUCAUCCUGGUGGGCGCCCUGGUGGGCAGCAUCAUCUUCGGCACCGACCACAAAUCGCCGCCCGUCAUGGACUCCAGCAUCUACUUCCUCUACCUGCUGCCCCCCAUCGUGCUGGAGAGCGGCUACUUCAUGCCCACGAGGCCCUUCUUCGAGAACCUGGGCUCCAUCCUGUGGUGGGCAGGCCUGGGCGCGCUCAUCAAUGCCUUCGGCAUCGGCCUGUCCCUCUACCUGGUGUGUCAGGUGCAGGCCUUUGGCCUGGGCGACCUGCACCUGCUGCAGAACCUGCUCUUUGGCAGCCUCAUCUCCGCCGUGGACCCGGUGGCUGUGCUGGCCGUGUUCGAGGAGGCGCGGGUCAACGAGCAGCUCUAUAUGAUGAUCUUCGGGGAGGCCCUGCUCAAUGACGGCAUCAGUGUGGUCUUAUACAAUAUAUUAAUUGCCUUCACAAAGAUGCAUAAAUUUGAAGACAUAGAACCUGUUGACAUCCUGGCAGGAUGUGCCCGAUUCAUUGUUGUGGGCUGCGGGGGAGUAUUUUUUGGCAUCAUCUUUGGAUUCAUUUCUGCGUUCAUCACACGUUUCACUCAGAACAUCUCUGCGAUUGAGCCGCUCAUCGUCUUCAUGUUCAGUUACCUGUCUUACUUAGCUGCUGAAACACUCUACCUCUCUGGCAUCCUGGCAAUCACAGCCUGUGCAGUGACAAUGAAGAAGUAUGUGGAGGAAAAUGUGUCCCAAACCUCCUACACCACCAUCAAGUACUUCAUGAAGAUGCUGAGCAGUGUCAGCGAGACCCUCAUCUUCAUCUUCAUGGGUGUGUCCACCAUUGGGAAGAACCACGAGUGGAACUGGGCCUUCAUCUGCUUCACGCUGGUCUUCUGCCAGAUCUGGAGAGCCAUCAGUGUGUUUUCCCUGUUUUACAUCAGCAACCAGUUCCGGACUUUCCCCUUCUCCGUCAAGGACCAGUGCAUCAUUUUCUACAGCGGGGUUCGUGGAGCCGGGAGCUUUUCCCUUGCGUUUUUGCUCCCUCUGUCCCUUUUCCCUAGGAAGAAACUGUUUGUUACCGCCACCCUCGUAGUGAUCUAUUUUACUGUGUUCAUUCAGGGAAUCACAAUUGGCCCUCUGGUCAGGUACCUGGAUGUCAGAAAGACCAAUAAAAAAGAGUCCAUCAACGAAGAGCUUCAUAUCCGACUGAUGGAUCACUUGAAGGCUGGCAUAGAAGAUGUGUGUGGGCAGUGGAGCCACUACCAAGUCAGAGACAAGUUUAAGAAGUUUGAUCAUAAGUACUUACGGAAAAUCUUAAUCCGAAAGAACCUACCCAAAUCAAGCAUCGUUUCUUUAUACAAGAAGCUGGAAAUGAAACAAGCUAUUGAGAUGGUAGAGACUGGGAUUCUGAGCUCCACUGCAUUUUCUGUACCCCAUCUGGCCCAAAGGACACAGGUGACCAAGAGGCUUUCCCCCGAAGAUGUGGAGUCCAUGAGGGACAUUCUGACACGCAACCUGUACCACGUUCGAAAACGGACCCUGUCCUACAACAAGUACAACCUCAAGCCCCAGACCAGCGAGACGCAGGCGAAGGAGAUCCUCAUCCGCCGCCAGAACACCCUGAGGGAGAGCCUGCACAAGGGCCACAGCCUGCCCUGGGGAGCCCAGGCUGGUACCAAAAACAUCCGCUACCUGUCCUUCCCCUAUGGCAAGCUGCAGUCCGGCAGGAGAAAGGCGGGCACCGAGGAGGGUGCAGAUGACGACAGCAGUGACCUCGGACUCCCGUCCAUCACGUUCAGUGCACGGCCCCAGUUGGGGUCACUCCGGGAAAGCCGGCCGGUGCAGGUGAUCCCCAUGAAGAGUUUACCACAAGGUGCCAUGACAGUGCCCUUGGGUGAUGGCAGAGACCCCAGGCCCAGCAGGAGGGCAGUGGUACGGGCCAGGCCUCUGUUCUUCGCUUUGGAUGAGGAAUUUGAGUCCAGAGAGGACAGUGAGGAGGAGGCCUCGGCUCUCAGGGCCAGGUGGACAGCGGAGCGUGCACACAGCAGGGAACAUUGCCAGUCCUACAGCCCUCUGCUCCACAGGAAGUAGUGCUGCUACCCCUGGGAUCACUUCCGAUUUCCCAUUGCUGGGAAAGGGGGUUUUCAGACGGGAGCUGUGGAGUUCACUAUUGGACAUGCAUUUCUCAGAGAUGGAGAUGUUUGGGAAAUUGGGAGAGAACUUGUACAUGAGUCACAUUCCAAGCUGGGAGAGCAGAGGUGAUGACAGGACCCAAGUCCCCAAGCCUCCCUACGAUCACCUACUGAGGCCCGUGACCCAGCUCAUGUACUAAGAUGAACGUGCGAUAGCUUGGUAAUUGUCGCUGACCACAUGUGUGUGUGGGUUAGAAUCAAGUGGAGCUGGGCAGGGCACUGCCCGGAUAAGACAAUGGGGCUGCAGUCCAUGGUGAGUUCUUUCCUGCCAGCGGCUGUGUUUGAUUGUGAUUUGGGUAUCCCAUAAGCAAUAACCCUAUCUCAAAAGAAAGGUGAAAAGAUUUAUAACAUUGCUAUAUCUGAUCAGCAACAGAUGUGAUCUGGAUGACAGGACAAGUCUCCAAAUGAUGGAUUCACGAUCUAUUUGAUAAUUACAGUCUUGAUUUUAAAAACAAAUACUAGAAACACAAUGGCCACAGAGUUUAAGGACCAUGACAUGACGAUGUAUUUAUUAGAUGUGUGGUGGGUUUCUUUUUCUUUUUUUAUUUUGGUAUUAGGAGUGGAACUCAGGACCUUGUGCUUGCCAGACAGGCGCUUUUGCCUCUGAGCUGUAUCCCCCCCCUCCCCGCCCGCCGACUUCAUUUCAAACCACACACUCCAGCUUUCAAAUUUCACCAAACUAUUUUAUCCCUCCUCCCUCCUUCCUUCUCUUCCCUCUGGCCAUCUGUCCAUUAAUAAUCCUUCCUCAGGCUUUCUUUAAUGUGCCAAAUUAAUAGCAUAUAGUAAUUAAAUAUCCUUUUACAGCUACUAUUUCUGGUGCCCCCGCCCUCCUUGGCUGACUUUUAAUCCUGCCCACCCGUAAGGCUCUCUCUUCAUUUAAAAGGACGCUCCCAGCCACAUCCUCGUCUCCCUCCUCGCCUCCACCUUUUCAUCCCUAGCUGUGCCCAUGUUUGGGGGCCUGCAGGGGCUUAACUGUGAAUUUCCCUUUUGCAUGAACAUGUGCGUUUACUCUGCUGGUCCAGGGUGCAAAUGACAAGGAACAGUUUGUUCAUUUUAACUUUUCACCAUUUCACCAAAGGAUCCGGGUGGGCCAUGGAUCCUUUUGCUCUCUCUAGUUUGUACUUUUGUAGGUUUUGUCAGUUUCGCUUCUAAUCAGGGAUAAUUACGGCUUGUGCUUGCACACAUUGAACUGAUGAUAACAUGCAGAUGGAAAAGGAUGGUAGCAAAGGUGUCCUCAGCAUCCUUACCUUCCAGAUGUCAAAGCUGAGGGCCUGGGAUGCCACCGAAUGCCAGCUCAGGGCUGCUGUCCCUUGCAAGGAAAGGGCCAUGUCCUCGGGUAGGAUCUAGGGGCACCAGUAACAGACCAAGAACAUCUGGCUUUGCCCGAGAUUUAUACACUGGAUGAUUCUCGCCCCGUUCGCUGAGCCAAAGAAAUGGCAAAGGAGCCAGCUGGUUGAUCUUCUGAAGUUGUAAUCUUAUGUUGUUUCUGAUCUAAGUAUUUUUAUUUUGAUAAAAAUUAUGCACUAUCAAAUGAUAGUAAUGUGCUAAUCAAGGAUAGAACCACAUAUAAAUCCUUGGGCUUUGCUUUUUGUUUAAACAAACGAGCAAGCAAAGCAGCAGAGGCAACUUCUGGAGAGAGAGAGAGAGAGAGAGAGAGAGAGAGAGAGAGAGAGAGAGAGAUUGAUUUUACUCCCAGUGGUAGGUGGAGGUGUGGCGGCUGCAGACAGCUGUGCAAUUCACCUUCCCAAGGCCCUGAGCAAGACUACAUCUUAGUAGGUGAAGGGCGCCUGUAUCUCUUACUGCUCUCCAUCUGAGUAACAGCAGAGGCCCGAUUGCAAGGUCCUUCUGAGAGUAGGCAGCAAGGACUUGGGGUGAGAGGAAUCUACCGGAGCCUCCUGGCUUGCUCUCAGAUGCAGGUGCCAUUAAGCAGAGGGGUGGUGGGAUUCAGGGUCCAUUUAAUUAGUAGAAGCUGCCACAGAAACUCCCACCCAAGCCAGGAACCACAGUCUACUGCAGAAAGUAAGCUCAGGCAACAGAGCAGCAGACCACCAGGGUGACCAGGGGGCGUGGGUUUGCAUUAGGGACAUCUAGGGCCGGAACAGUGUGAGGCAGGCAGGGCACCUGUAGGCCCGCCUGCCAACCUCUUCCUCCGUACCAUGCUCCCAUCACCGGGGACAUCGCAGUUCCCCUAGUGGAGAUUGGUUUUUCCUGUAUGCGCACAGCAGUGAUGAAGUUAACAGUAAUAAAUGCAGCAAUUAGAACACCGCAAGGUGAAAGCUUA